GGAAAAAGCUGUCAUAAUCCAAUCUAAUAUACAUAGAAUUCAUAUUUUCAGUAGCCCUUUUCUUCAGUUUGCCUGUAACUUCCUUUUCUUAAGCAACACAAAAGCCUACUUUCUGAAACAGAGAAUCUGAUCUAUACUUUAUGCAUAUCACAUUAAUAUAUGUAUCCAAACAUGCUUGUCGGCCAUUAAAGCUUCAAUGACUAGCUCUAGUUCAUUCUUCAUUUGAUUAAUCUCACUACCCAUUAAGCAAAAUCAAAAACCAAGAAGAGGGUGUGUUUUGUUUUGCUUUGUUUCUUCAAGAAUCAAUUGCAGUUGAGAUACCCUGAAGGUGUUUGAUUCAGUGGCAUUUACUUUCACUCAUUUCUGCUUUUAAAAGGGUUGAAUUUUACCCUCAAAAGUGUUUGAUAUUCUUUGAGCUCCUUUUGUGCUUUAAAGAUCUUACUUUUGGUAUUCAAGUCUCAUGUUUUUUAUUUAUUACUUUCUUGAACAAUCAAUCCAAGGCUGCAGAUAGGAAGAUUUAUUGUGGUUGUUUGAGAAACUCUCCUCUUGGUUCUAAGUUGUGAUCUUUGACAUGGUGAUUUCCGUGGUGUGGGCUUGUUGGGGUUUCAGAAUUUAUUGAGAGUUCAUAGUUUUUUGGAUUAGUCAAGUAUUUACAAUGUAUGUGUCUGUUGGAUCAAGAGCAAGCUUCCUUGUUAGUUUGACGGUGAUUGCACUAGCUUUAUUAAGUUGUCCAUCAGAGGGGUUGAAUGCUGAAGGAAUGUCUUUGUUGGAGUUAAAAAAAGAACUCCAAGAUGACUUUAAUCAUUUGUGGAACUGGAAUUCGAGUGAUGAGACUCCUUGUUUGUGGAGAGGUGUGAGCUGCACAAGCGAUGUUGUCCCAGUUGUAGAUUCCCUUGUUUUGAGGGGGAUGAAUCUUUCGGGAAACUUAAGCUCUAGUAUAGGAGGUUUGGCUUUCUUAACUUACCUUGAUAUUGCUUUUAAUGCAUUCAAUGGAUCAAUUCCAAAGGAGAUAGGAAAUUGCUCAAGGCUGAAUACUAUUUAUUUGAAUAAUAAUCAGUUCCAAGGGCAGAUUCCUGCUGAAAUAUGUAAGCUGUCCUUGUUGACAGACUUGAACAUAUGCAAUAACAAGUUAUCUGGUUCUUUUCCUCAAGAAAUUGGGAAUCUAUCUCUACUAACUAAUUUUGUGGCUUACUCAAACAAGCUGAGUGGUCCAUUGCCUCGUUCUUUUGGAAAGCUCAGGAGUUUGAAAACGUUUAGGGCAGGGCAAAAUAGUAUUUCUGGAAAUUUGCCUGCCGAAAUAGGUGAUUGUCAAAAUUUGCAAUACCUCGGUCUUGCUCAGAAUCUAUUAGAUGGUGAUAUACCAAAGGUACUGGGCAAGCUUAAAAAUUUGACAGAUAUUAUUCUUUGGGGUAAUGAUUUCUCUGGGUUUAUACCAGCAGAGCUUUCAAAUUGUACAAAUCUUUUGACUCUUGCCCUGUACCAGAAUAAUCUUGUCGGGGAAAUUCCAAAGGAGAUACUUGGCAUGAAAUCUUUGUGGAAGUUAUACUUGUACAGGAAUGGUUUAAAUGGUACAAUUCCCAGGGAAAUUGGCAACCUUUCAAGUGCCCUUGAAAUUGAUUUCUCGGAAAAUUCUUUGACCGGAGAAAUUCCCGUGGAGUUUAGUCAGAUAAAGGGUUUAUCAUUGCUUUAUCUGUUCGAGAAUCAGCUCACAGGUGUUAUACCAGACGAAUUUGGUAGCUUGAAGAAUUUGACAAAUCUCGAUCUUUCUAUCAAUCGCCUCACAGGUCCUAUCCCUUAUAGUUUUCAAUAUCUACCUAAUAUGAGACAGCUUCAGCUAUUUGAUAAUUCUCUUACCGGUAGCAUACCUCGAUUGCUCGGGUUCUACAAUAAACUCUGGGUAGCUGAUUUUUCUGAUAAUUACUUAACGGGAAAAAUUCCUCCUUACAUUUGUCGGCAGUCAAUCUUAGACACCCUAAAUGUAGAGUCUAAUCAGCUGUAUGGGAAUAUUCCAGAAGGACUUCUAUAUUGUCCAUCAUUAAGUCAACUUCGUCUGAAUGGAAACAGACUAACUGGGAACUUCCCAUCUGAGCUUUGCAAUAUAGUAAGAAUGUCUGCUAUAGAGUUAAGCCAAAACAAGUUCAGUGGUUCUAUACCUCCUAAAAUAGGAAACUGCCAACAAUUGCAAAGACUUGAUCUUUCAGGCAACAACUUCACAUCCAAGUUGCCCAAGGAAAUAGGUAAUCUGGAUAAAUUGGUAAAGUUUAAUAUAUCUUCAAAUUUUAUGACUGGAAAGAUACCACCUGAAAUUCUCAAUUGCAAGACGCUUCAGCGUCUCGAUCUCAGCCGAAAUAACUUUGAGGGUGCUAUACCAAAUGAGCUUGGAAGUCUUUCACAAUUGGAACUUCUUAAGCUUUCAGAUAAUAAGUUCUCUGGUAAUCUACCAGCAGCUUUGGGCAAUCUCUCACGUUUGUUAGAGUUGCAGAUGGGCGGAAAUUUUAUCUCAGGUGAAAUACCAAAUGAGUUGGGUUUUCUUUCAGGAUUACAGAUUGCAUUGAAUUUAAGUUUUAAUAGUCUUUCUGGCGGAAUACCAUCUGAACUGGGGAACCUUAUUUUACUGGAAUACCUAUUGCUCAAUAACAAUCAUUUGUCUGGUGAAAUUCCAACCACAUUUGCAAAUUUAUCAAGUCUACUGGGAUGUGAUUUCUCUAACAAUAACCUUUCUGGACCCCUGCCUUCUGUACCAGUCUUCCAGAACAUGGACGAGAACAGUUUUACGGGAAACAGAGGGCUGUGUGGUGGCCCUUUAGGUGAUUGCAACACAAAAACUUCUUUUGAUUCAGUUCAACCUUUGCCAGAUGGUGGUGCUCAUCGAAGGAAAAUCAUAGCCGUGGUUGCUGCUGCAGUGGGUGGAGUAUCCCUGAUUCUCAUUGUGGUCCUAAUAUAUAUGAUGAAGCGGCUACCAGUUGAGAUAGCUGCUACUUUACAGGAAAAAGAUACAUCCACACCAGUCUCUGAUAUAUAUUUUCCUCCAAAAGAGGGGUUUACUUUUCAGGAUCUUGUCGAGGCAACUAACAACUUCGAUGAUAGUUAUGUCGUUGGUAAGGGAGCUGCUGGCACAGUAUAUAAGGCAGUAAUGCAAUCUGGGCAAAUGAUUGCAGUUAAGAAACUUGAAUCAAACCGAGAGGGGAAUAAUAUUGACAACAGUUUUCGUGCUGAAAUUUUGACUUUGGGAAAAAUCAGACAUCGUAAUAUUGUGAAGCUAUUUGGUUUCUGUUAUCACCAGGGUUCCAAUUUGCUUCUCUACGAGUACCUUGCAAGGGGUAGCCUUGGAGAAUUACUUCAUGGGUCCUCUUUUACCUUGGAAUGGCCAAUACGCUUCACCGUUGCUCUUGGGGCUGCUCAAGGACUUUCAUAUUUGCAUCAUGACUGCAAGCCAAGGAUUAUUCACCGUGAUAUAAAAUCCAAUAACAUCUUACUUGAUGAUGACUUUGAAGCUCAUGUUGGUGAUUUUGGUUUGGCGAAGGUUAUUGACAUGCCUCAGUCCAAGUCCAUGUCAGCAGUUGCAGGAUCAUAUGGAUACAUAGCCCCUGAAUAUGCAUACACAAUGAAGGUGACGGAAAAGUGUGAUAUAUAUAGCUAUGGAGUUGUGCUAUUGGAGUUGCUAACAGGAAAAGCUCCUGUACAGCCAAUAGAUCAAGGCGGUGAUCUCGUUACAUGCGUAAAGAAAUACAUUCGCAAUCAUUCACUUACAUCUGGUAUACUUGAUAGUCGUUUGAAUUUGGAAGACAAACAAAUUGUUAAUCACAUGCUUACUGUCUUAAAGAUUGCUCUCUUGUGCACGAGCAUGAAUCCAUAUGAUCGUCCUUCAAUGAGAGAAGUUGUUCAAAUGCUGAUCGAGUCUAAUAGACGAGAAGGAAGCUUCAUCACUCCUCCAAUUUAUGAUUCUUCUUUGGAAGAUGAUGUUCCUUUGAAGGAUGACUCCUUGUGAAUGUAAAUGCCUUGGUUUCUUUCAUUGGCUUGAUAUAAAUUAUUUUGUCAAUCUAUAUAUACUAGCUCUAGUUCUUGUUUAAUCAGAUUGCGAAUUUUUAAAAACAAUCAUCUGUACAUUGCUUAAUCUAAUCUUAUACUUAGUACUUA